AUGAUAAUUUUAGUAAAAAAUCAAAGAAAUAUACAAAUUCCUAAUCCUCUUAUCAUAAUAAAAAACUUACAAGUCCUUACGAAGAAAAAAGUCCUCUCGAAAUAUGUUACAGCAAGAUAAUAUCAAAUGAUUAAGAUAACUAAUUUUCAUCAUCAUAGAGAUAAAAAAUUAGAUAAAGGAAAAUUCUUUAGUUUUGAUGAUCAAAAAGAAAACUUAAUUAAUUGUCCGAAGUGUGAAAAAAUCAUUACCAGAAGUAGUAGGUACGAUAAAUAAAUUAAGAAUUCCUUAAUAUGGCUUAACUAAUAAAAAGAAGAUCAAAUUAAAAAAUAUAAUGUUACAAAUGAUAAAAUAUUAAAUGCAAUUGAUCUAGUCAAUCAAAAACUCUAGUUUGUUAAAAACAAAAAGUUAAAAGAUAAAGAUAGCUUUUUCGAUAAUAUACUUUUAAAAUUAUAAUAGGAAAAUAAAUUAACUAAUUCAGGAAGAGAUUCUAAGAUGACAUAUCACUAUUUUAAUUGUAUAUUAAAAGUUAAAUGA